GCGGCUUAGGGCCAAACAACGAAACGUUCCUUUCCUCAGUAAGGAAGCCUUCAUUUUGGUGAGGCCGCCUUAUGUCACUCUGAAAGCUUCCUCACUGAGGAGCCCUCGGUGAAGGCUUCCUUGGCGCUUCAUCAGCUUAAGGUUGCUUUGGGGCUACCUUCGUGCGCCCUUAGGUCCGCUCCUGGCCCUGAACGAGCGCUUCACCUCACAGCUAGCCCACGUGAUGCUUGUUUCCGAGGCAACCCUCCCACCCCACCUCUGCGGGGAGACGCGAGCGUGCGUGCACGGUGCCCGGCAUGACGCCGCUAAUAUAUAUAACGCCGCGCAGUAAAAGAAGAAAUGGCGUCGUGGACGGACGGGAGUGCGCCUGCCUUCACGGAUUUCUUGAACCGCGCUUGUCAUUUCGCAUUCGGAGAGGUCUACCGGUAUUCACCGGCACUGAGGAUAGUUCGCGAUGCGGUCAACCUCAUGGAAUUGUACAAUGAAGAAGAUUUCGCCUUCAGGUUCCGAUUCACCAAGGCGUCUGUCAUUGCGAUCAUGUCGCAACUACAGUUGAAAAAGAACACGGACCGAAGGGGAAGCCCGCUCCCACCGCUGCUGAAGGUGCUCAUCACGCUUCGGUUUUACGGCACUGGUGCUAUGCAGACAGUGGUUGGCGACCUCGUGCGCAUCUCACAGCAGUAUGUGUCGCGUUCUGUCUGGGAGAUCACCCAGGUCAUAUGUUUGCGUCUGUUUCCCAAAUAUGUGCGACUCCCCGAUGCAGCAGACGCGAAUAAUGUGAUGGCCCGCUUCUACGCAAUUGGCCUGUUUCCAGGUGUAACGGGGUGUACAGACUGCACACACGUCCCGAUUGUGAGCCCUGGAGGCGAGAACGCCGAGGUCUUCCGCAACCGCAAGGGAUACUUCUCAUUUAAUGUGCAGGCUAUCACUGGUCCCGAGCUCCAAUUCUUUGAUGUAGUUGCCAGUUGGCCUGGGUCCGUGCAUGACACCAGAAUAUUCACCAACAGCAGAGUGAUGGCACUCCACGAACGGAAGGCUGUACCUGGCGUUCUCCUUGGUGACCAGGGGUAUGCGUACCUACCAUUCCUCAUAACACCACUCAGGAAUCCUCAAACACGUGCAGAAAAGAGGUAACAGCACAGGCACCUCAGCAUGGAAAUUAUAAUAGGUGCGCUACUAGGCACAUUAGUACUCGAAGUACUAAAAUUGCAGUGUCCCUUAUGAAAACUAGAUUGAAAACCUGCCGUUUUUAACAUAAACGUCAAAAUUUCUUGGAACAAAUGAAGUACCUGCAACUGUAAAGCCCACUGUAAAAACAAAAAGAGAAAAUGUAUUCCUAGACGCAAGCCGCUUAAAUUUUAAAUUUGCUCCCAUACAAGCAUACACAUUCUUUAUUGCAGUCUCUGAACAGGUUUGUUGUCUGCUGUCCCACAGCCCAUUCUUUGUUAUAUCGAAAAGCAUGCUGUACCCAUGAUGUGCACAUGCCAAUAACACAGGAUGUAUUAAAACACAUUUAAAAUGGAACACCCAAGUUCUUGUCUUCAAAAACAAAGAACUGUUUCUUCCUAAUAAUUGUGAUGACGUAUCAGUGGCUGUAUCUUGACAUGUUCACAAUUGCUUUUGCACAUAUAGCUUGUUGCUCAUGCAUUAUUUGCACAUUCUCUCGUUUGGUGCAGGUACAACAAAAGCCAGAUAAAAAUAAACAGUGUGGAGCGUACAUUUGGAGUGUGGAAAAGGCGCUUCGCAUGCCUAC